AUGGCGGCGACGACCUCCACCCUGCCUUAUAUAUCCCGUUACAACAGCGCCAGCAAUAACCGCUCGGAUGCUUCGCUGACGAAGCGAGCCUCGCUCCUGUCCUUCCCCUCCUCCCGCUCCGCCUCCGACAUGUCUCUCAACUCGCGGCAGGCGAGGUCACCGCAGCCGCCCGUCGCCGAGACGGACCGCACCUCGGACCCGAGCGCCAAGUCCAAGACCCCGUCGCUCGGCCCGUCGUCGCAGCACUCGUCCUUGUCGGCCCCGCGCCGUGUGAACGCCGAUGCCCGGUCCUCGCGGAGGCUGAGGUCACAGUAUCCCCGGGGAUCCCCGGACAACCACGUCGAAUACAUCCUGGUCGCUUCCUUUGACAUUGACCGCGGUCCCGUCAUGGAGCACCAGUAUCCCGUGGCAAUCACUGGCGACGAGAACAUGCUCGCUGAGCUGAUGCUGCCCGAUCAGGCGCACGCUCGCAAUCAGGAUUGGACCAUCUUCUUUUUGCACAAGGAUACGAGCCAGGAGGAGGAAGACGAGGAGCGUCAGCUGAAGGAGCGCAGACGACGGCGGCGCAGGAGACUGCGGGACCGCGCCGCUGGCAUCAUCACCGAGGAGGAUGGCGAGGAUGCUGAAGAAGACGACCUGGAUGACGACUUGGACGACGACUCGACGGACAGCGAACCGGAAGGCGGGGAGGGACCGCCUUUGAUUCACGUCCUGAACUUGGUCAACACAAAGCACGAUAAGUCUGUGAAGCGAGGAGCCAUCGUGAAGGCCAUGGCUAUCUGCACGCGGCAUCCGUUUCUGCACAUAUACAAGCCACUGUUGCUGCUCGCGUUGGAAGAGUACUUCAAGUCACCAGUUCCAGAGACCCUGGCCCUGCUGUAUGAUGCUGUCAACGCCAUGGACCUCUCGCUCAUGCCGAAACUCAGCAUCUUGGAGAGACAUCUGCUACUCGCCAGUGAGAACAGGGACCUCUUCGUGGAGAAAUUCGAAAAGAUGAUCCAGAUGCGCAUGGCCGAAGAUAGGGGCGAGGUCCUCGACAAUGGCAGCGGCGAUGAGAGCAGGAGCCUAACCAAGGUGACGAGCAUCUCAAGAGCUGGCACCAAAGCCCACGUCGAAGGCGGAAGUCAGUCGGUGUAUUCGGUACCAAGAGACACGCAUGAGUUUGAGAGCAAGGUCAUGUACAAGGGCAUCCCCAUCCCCAUCAAGGUGCCGACGGCCGUCAUGCCGGAGACGGUGGGAGACUUUUCCCUCAUCAAGCUCAUCCAGAACUUUUCCGACCCGCACUCAAAGUCGCCGCAACCGUUCUCACUGCACCCGCACCUGACGACCAACGGCACGCACACGCAUCCCAUCAUUGUUUUGGUGAAUGCGUUGCUGACGCAAAAGCGCAUCGUCUUUUUGGGGCACAACAUGCCGUCUGGGGAGGUUGCUGAAGCGGUGCUCGCAGCCUGCGCGCUCGCCUCCGGAGGCACCCUACGAGGCUUCACCCGGCACGCAUUCCCUUACACAGACUUGACCAAGAUUGAGGACCUGCUCAAUGUUCCUGGCUUCAUCGCUGGCGUUACGAAUCCCACCUUUGAGAACCACCCCGAGUGGUGGGACAUCCUCUGCGACCUGCCGAGCGGGCGCAUCAAGAUCAGCAGCAGGAUUGAGCCUGCGGCAGUGACCGAGGGACUCAUAUUUUUCCAACAGCAGAACCCGUCGCUCGCCAACAUUGCGGCCGGCAACUCCAACAACCACCAAGAUCUGACGGGCGAUGCGGCCUUCAUGACGGACAUUCUUAAGAGCAUCGCCGUGAGGCAUGGGGAGCGAGUCAUUCGGGCAAAGUGGCGCGGCUGGGUGCUCAAGUUUUGCCGCAUUGCUGCGCAGUUCGAGGAGAGUGUGUACGGCGCAAGCGCCCUGUACAUCGGGAGCGAGGACCAGGAGAUGACGCUUCCUGGAGCCAGCGGCCACGGCUAUGUGUGGGCGGACGACGCAGCCAAGAACAAGGAGCUUGCCGGCAACGUCACGAGAAUCGAGGGCUGGCGCAACACCCGCAGCUACUAUAGCUAUAUCCAGGACCUCGCCCAGCUCUACACCGUUCGCCCCCUCAAGGGUCUCGACCUGGCGCACAUGCACGACCGGCUGCGCAUGCAGCGCUUGACGCCGACGCAAAGUCGCGACAUUUACCUGACGCUGUCCAAGUACAUUCAUUCCUACGACGAAAUCUGUCUGUUGCUGAACGUGGCCCCCGAGUCGCACGCCGGCCUGUUCUACCUCGCGCUCGGGCUGUUCCACAAGGAGCGCGACGUGAGGCUCAAGACAGCCGACCUGCUGGAGCGCAUCUCGCAGCACGAGGCCGGGCAGCACUGGUGGCGGAGCUUGAGCCGAUUCGAGAGGCUUGCGUAUGAGCGCCUCCGACGCGAGUCCGAAGCCGAGCUGCGGGCCAAGCUGGAGAAGGACGGCCUCAGCCCGGGCUUGGAGAAGAGAAUCAGCUAG